AGAAACCGAAGCCGCUCGCGCUUUUCAUCCUUUUCAAUGCUCUCUCUCUUUCGCCCGCAGAGUGUGUGCGCGUGCGUGCGCUGAUCGCCAAGCGCCGUUUCAUUCUCUGCUGCCAGGAGACGCGCAUCUCUUUUAUCUCCGGUAGACAGUCAGUCAGCUCCAAACAGUCUCAGUCAAAGCUUCAGUCUACUGGUUUGUAUCUCAACAUUUGUUGCCGGUUUUUGUCGAUUCACAGCACUGACCACCGGCUGCCUGCGUUCCGCUUGGAAAAACGGGAGGAGACGCGAGUACCGACUGGGCGUUGUUGAAGGAAAAGCGCUUUAGAUUCGGUCAGUCUUAGGGCGUCUGAUACCAGUAGUCCAACUAGUGCACUGAGUCCUGGGUUCCUGAUUUCUCUUCUGCUGAGACGGACCUCCAGGACUAGGACAAGAUGAAACCGGAUGGUGUUGACACAGCAACAAUGGAGCCAAUGGAAGCAUUAAAUGCAGGUCCUGCGAUCGAGGUGGCGCCAGUGGGUGAAGCUCAGGACCAGGCUUUGCCCACAACGCAAACCGAAGGUGAACCACAGCCAACAGAGGCACUUUCCGCAACCAAUAAGACUGGAAAGGACAAGCCUGCAGACCCCAAAGCUAAAACGAAGGCUCCUGCCAAAACAAAGACAACCACCGCUGGUACCAAGGCAUCCACGACCAGCUCCCGUCCCACCACUGGUCAAAGCCGUCUAACAAACGGGGCACAGAAGUUGCAAGCUAAUGGCGUCACCAAAAAGACCACAACAGGAGGCCUGGAGAAGAAAACCUCAACCACUGCUGCCUCUAAAAAACCAGUUGGCUCCACUGCUGCACCCACAACCAAGACCCCUACCAAGGUGGCUGAGAAGAAGCCGGUGGGGACGGCGAGACCUGCCAGUACUCCAGCCAAUGGCCUGAAGACAACAGGGACCGCGCAGCCCAUCAAGAAAGCCCCUGUUGCGCCAGCUAAUGGUCUGAAGUCUAAACCAAAGACUACAGCUCCAGCUUCAAGGCCCACCACUGCAUCCACCACCAAGACCAGCACCACUGGCUCUCCCAAACCUGAUAGGCCACCGGUCGCCAAGACAACCAGGUCUGCUGGCUCUGCUCCUGCUGCUCGUUCUUCCCCUGCUGCCCCUAAGCCUACGACCCCAACAGCUGCAGGCAAGACAUCUACAUCUGCAUCCAGACCAACUACUGCUACACCCAAGACACCAACUACUACUGCUAAACCUUCUCCUGCUAAAACCACAGCACCCCCUGCUGGCCGCACUCCUACUCAGACUCCUAAGACAACAACACCUGUCAAGAAAGAUGUCAGUAAGCAGCCAUCCACUCCAGCGACCAAGAAGCCCACAUCUUCUCCACUUACCCGGCCAACACCAGCUAAGACCACCAAACCUGACACACCUAAGUCAGCCUCCACUGCCAAGGCAGAAUCAGCCUCCAAAAAGCCCACCACCUCCAGCAAGGCGGCAGAUGUUAAGUCUAAUAAACCCAAGGAGAGCAAAGCAACACCUUCCAAGGAGGUCAGCACAAGCUCCAAGACCACAGGCAGUAAGCCCAGUGCUAAAACAAGCAGCCCAAAGAAGUCAGUUGGCAGUAGCACUCCAAUGCCAGUGAAGGGUGGCCCUAAAGCCUCCCAGCCUGCAGAUACAGCGGCCACAGAGGCUGAGAGGAAGGAUGUGGUACCUGCUGUGGUUGCAGCCACUGCUGCAGCAGUUGCUGCUGUUGUUUCUGUGGUGACCUCUGAGGAAGCCCCCGAAGACUCAGCUACAGCUUUUGUUCCUGCUGCCACUGAAGAGGCACCUGAGGACUUGUUUACCCUGGUCAAUCCUGCUGCCUCUGAGGUGAAAUUAGAAGACUCAUUUACAACUCUCAUUCCUGCUUCUGUUGAGGACUCUAAAGAUGAUUUUAAAGAAAUUCCCACAUCUGUUAUUGCCCCUACCACUACUGAAGCACCUGAAGACAAAUUUACACCUGUUGUUUGUCCUGUCUCUGAGGAAACACCUGAAAACUCUGUUACACUCUUCAGUCCUCCUGCCUUUGAAGAAACACCUGAAGACAGAACUACGUCUGUCAUUCCCCCCACCUCUGAUCAGGCACGAGAAGAAACUGUUUCACCUGUCAUUCCUCCUGCUGCUGAAGAAACACCUGAAGAUAGAUCUACAUCUGUCAUUCCCCCUACCUUUGAUGAGGCACACGAAGAAUCUGUAUCACCUGUCAUUCCCCCUACCUCUUAUGAGGCACCUGAAGAAACUGUUUCACCUGUCACUUCCCCCUACCUCUUAGCACCUGAAGAAAAGGUUUUACCUGUCAUUCCCUCUACAUCUUACGAGGCACCUGAAGAAACUGUUUCACCUGUCAUUCCCCCUACCUCUUAUGAGGCACCUGAAGAAAAGGUUUUACCUGUCAUUCCCUCUACAUCUUAUGAGGCACCUGAAGAAACUGUUUCACCUGUCAUUUCUCCUUCCUCUGAAGAAACACCUGAAGACACAACUACAUCUGUCAUUCCCCCGACCUCUUAUGAGAAACCUGUUGAAACUGUUUCACCUGUCAUUCCUCCUUCCUCUGAAGAAACACCUGAAGACACAACUACAUCUGUCAUUCCCCCGACCUCUUAUGAGAAACCUGUUGAAUCUGUUUCACCUGUCAUUCCUCCUGCCUUUGAUGAGGAACCCGAAGACACAGUUACACCUGUUAUUUCUCCUACCUCUGAUGAGGUAGAGCUUGUCUAUCCCCAGGAUGCCCCCCUGAGCAUGGACACUUAUAAAGAUGACAAUGUCAUGUCUCAACUGGCUGCUGAAGUGGAUAUGGUAAGCCUGGAGGAACCAGUGCCUGCUGUGUCUCCCCUGGGCACCACAGUACUGUCCCCACCAUCCUCUCCCACCGGCCCAACAUUCAUGCCAGUCGAGCUCCCAAGCUCAGCUCCCUUCCUGGGCUUACAGGGUCCAGCUGAACCGUGGGCACAGAGCUCUUCACUGUACACCAGCACUACGACCAUAGAGAACCAGGAGCAGGAAAGACAGCAGGAUGAAGAAAGUGAGCAUGAUGAUGAAAAAGAGCAGGAUGAUAUACAGAUGCCCUCUGCAGCAGAGAAUAUGUUGGGAGACUUUGAUCUGCUGGGCUCCACUGGUGGGGAAUACAUCAGAAGAGGAGGAGGAGGAGAGAAAGAGGAAGAGAAUGAGGAAGAGAACGAGGAAGAGAAAAAGGAAGAGGAGGAGGAAGAGGAGGUGGAAGAGGAGGAGGAAGAAGAGGAAGAAGAGGUGAGAGAGAUUGGCAUAAAGGAAUCACUACCCCAGACAGAGAAAGAAGAUGACUUUAAAAAGGGGAUGGCAGAUUUUGCCAGCUGUGAUUGGGGUAUGAUGCAAUCAGGUGACAUGUACAGCAGUAACAAACAUGACUCAGAAGUGACAUCUCCCUUCAAUGCUGAAGACAGCUGCAGUGCUAAAGAGACAGGUGACUUCACCAUGAACGAGACAGACAGGGAACAGCCAUUCACAGGGCCUCCUGGAAUCCAGUCUUUCGGUAGUGAAGAUGAUGAGGAUGUAGAGCAUAUGAAGGAAGAUAUGGAUCUGGGCUCAGAGCAUAAUGAUGAGUAUCACAAACAACAGAAAGAGUUAGAGAAGGAAGACGAAGAUGUGGAGAUGGUCCACAAGCACAUGGCUGAAAGUGGACUUGGGGUUUGUGGAAAUGAUGGAAAUGAAGAUGAUGAUGAUUACACAGAGGAGCAUCAUCUAGAUCUCAACAGCAUGGGUCAGACUGCUGCAGCAACAUCUAUGCCUUUGACAGCAGCAUGGAGUCAUUCAAAUCCAUUCUCUGAUUCCUUGGCCCAGCCUGCUUCCGUCCUGUCUGAAUCAAGCCUGUCAGAUUCAAGAUUUCAAGAUUCAGAAACACUUAGCAAAUUCCAAGUUGAUCUAGACACAACCACCAAAUUCUCAGCUGAUCCAGAUACACCACCCAAAUCCCCAGCUGAGGCUUUUCUGGACAUGAGUCCACCCCUGAUUCAGGCCUUAGAACCUCAAUCUGAUAUCCAUGAGGAUACUGGGAGCUCUGUCCCAGCAGAGUCAGGUAUCUUGGCUGCUCCUGCCAUUGGAAUGUCCCAGUCCAGCACUCUCAGUGGGACAGCCCUGGCUGCUCACAGCAGCAGUGAGACCAGCACACCUGAAGAGCUUCGGGAUUAUGACAGCAGCUCAGGUGUAGAGUCCCGAUCAGACAAGCAGCAAACACCAGUCCCUGCCAUGCAGACAGACAUGGAGCAAGACCUUGGUAUUCACCUUGAACGUUGUGAUGGGGAAGAGGAAGAGGCUGAAACUCUGCCGGCCGAUGAGGUACUGGGUGAUGCAGCAACAGCACCAGCCUCCGUUCCAUCAUCACCAUCAACCUCCGGUGAUGAGGCCAGUGAUACAGAGGGUGAGAUGCAGAUCAAUGACCCUGAUGUCACGGUUGAUGACAUCACUACAGUCCCCCACAACCUUGCAGCCCUGGAGGAGGAUGAGGAGGCCCCUGAACAGAUUGGAGAGGAAGAUGGUGAUACACCUCAGUCAGCCAACUCUGUGGCCUCCUAUGGUUUUGACUGCUCCGCGUCCAUCUCCAAUGCCCACUCCAUGGCUGAGAGCUGUGGAAAGAGCCCAGGCAUCUUUAGCUUGGAAAAUGAAGAGCAGCUUCCGGAAGAGGCCAAGGAUCCCUCUUUCAUCAAGGAGCUCACCCUGCCAGCAGCUACUGCCUACAGUGAUGACUUGUUGGGCUGCCCAGUGGAUUUGCUGCCUAUAAGCGAGCCCACAGAGAGAGAUGCUGGGUUUGACGAGCACUACAUGCUGUGCAGUAAGACAGACCCAGGCUCUAUGGAAGAAAUGGAUCCAGAGUCCCCCAUGCACCUAUCACCCCAACAUGGGGACGAUUCAGAGGGCCAGCCACCUUACUACUCUGCUAUAUGUGAUAAGACUGAUAACUUUUUGGCAGGUAACGUAUAAAGUCCCUCCUUUGGAAUGCACCUUGUCUACCCCAGACCCCACGCUCCCACCCUGUGUCCUUCAUUUCUUCCAAAUGUGGGAUUAGCAAGCAGAGAAAUGAAUAGAAAUAAGUAAUAGAAAGGGGAAAGAGAAAGGGGAGCCACCAGGUAAGGGAUUAUAGCUUUGUCUGAGCUGCUCUCUGUUCUUCUAUUACCACGGUGAUGGUUAUGAUUGUAUGGCUUAAAUUUGUGUAUGUACAGUAGCUAUUCUCAUUUUCUAUUAGAAUGUACUUUUUAAAUAACACUGCGCUUCAUGGCACCCCUGAACCUGCAAUGUUAGACUAAGUUAAGAUAACGUCCUUUGAUGGAAGGACAAAAAUGCAAAAAAAAAAAAAAAUAAUAAAAAAAAAUAAACACUUGGUGGACUACAACUACCUUUGUAUUUAUCCUACUGUUUUUACCAAUCAAAUGUCAAUUUUUUAUACUUUGUUUUUUUUUUCUUGUUUUUAUUUGAUUUGUUGUUAAGAUCCCUGUCUUACCUUAAUGUUUGUACACACAUCAGUUUUCCUGCACUGUAAAAGUAGCUUUACUGUCUUUUAAAACCUAUUCCAAUGUCCAGCACUAACUGUUUUAGCAUUAAAUACAGGUUAGAUAAUCUUCAGAAGCUUUUCACUCUCAACGUGUUUGACAUAGGGAGGUGAAUGAGUGUUAGAUGGCAAAUGAUACUCCAUUUUUGGGUUGUGUUUUGUUAGUUUUGGGCUACUGCUGCACAUUUUAGUAAAGGAUAACAUAGAUUCUCAUUGGCACGUAACUUAAGUGUUUUAAAGUACUGGGCUCAGAUUGAUCUGGAUUCUUUCAUUUACAGUAGUUGGACAUUUGUACUUCGGAACAGACUACUAUUUCUGUUUAUGGAAAUUCAAGUGUUUUUCUGCAUUUGUAAAACUUAAAAUGUUGCUCGCAGGUCAGUGUACUGUGAGUAUUGGGACAUUUCUACAAGAAUUGGAACUGCAUGUGCAACUAAUUAAGAAAUUGUUAUCUUGAUAUGAUUCCAGACAUGAUCCAGGGAAGUUUGGACAUCAAUGAUUCACAAUAACUAAAGUUUUUUCCCCCAAAAAUUCCAUUAAACAUCAUUGCAAGGC